GCAAAUUUCUGGAGCGGGGAGAGGGAGAGCCCGGGAAGGGGGUGGCGUGGCGGUUGGUGGUGGGGAGGGGAGGGGAGGGAAGCCUUUUAAUGACUCAUUGAUUGAGCCGGUUUAAAAUUAGUUGUGUGCGCGAGUGUGAGUGUGUUUUCCGCCCCCCGGAGCCGCCGGGAGCCGGGAAGGAGGGAGCAGGGCUCGGCGAGGGGAAGACGGCGCGGCGGGGCCGCGAGCAGGGGGCAGGGAGGGCCUGGAGUGACGGCGGGCGAGGAAGAAAAAUAAGCUUUUCCAAUCUCCUCCCCUCUGUUUUCCCCCCCUCGUUUCUUUUCUCUCUCGGAAGCUCUAGGGUGUGAAUCACAUUUUCUUUCUUCUCGGCAAAAUGGACCCCGCGUCUGGGGAGGGGGAGGGGAGAGGGUGGGGAGGGAGGCGGCGGAGACGGGGCUUAUUUUUCAUCCUGGCUUCCCCCUUCCUGCCGCAUCUGCGGGCGGCCGCGGCGAGGAGAGCAGGUCCGGGCUGCGGCUGGGAAAGCUCGAAGCCGGCGAGUCGCCCCGGCCCCGCUCCUGCUCCGAGCCUGCGGCGGCGGCGCGCACCUGCCGCGGGACUGCCCCUUUCCAGCCGCCUCGCUGCCUUCCCGAAGCACCGCCGAGGAUUCGCGGCCGCGUCCGGCCGAGCCCCCAGCCGCGCGGAGGACCGGCGGCCCAGCCGGGCGUCUCCUGCGAGGCCCGCGCUGUCUGCUGCGCCGGUCAGAAGAGAUGUGCGGCUGGGACGGCGCAUUUUUGGCCGAGUGCGCGCGGGCUUUAUGCUGUUCGCGCCCCCCGAGUCGCCCCAAAUGCGGGAUAUUGGGUGGGGGGUGCGGUUGGAAGGCGCUAAGAUGGCGCUGGGCCUGGCCUGUCGCCAGGGCUGGUGGCGCAGUUGCUCGGCGGGCGCCAUCUUUCUCGCGGCGCGGGCGGCGCCCUCCGAGGACAUCUCGCUGACCAGGGCGCCGCGAGGCCCGGGGCUAGCGGGAGUCGAGAGCAGGGUGCUGAAUUCUGGAGAUGGGACCGGGGUCGCGCGUCCUUCUUUCCCACGCCCCCAGCCAAAAGACUAGGCCGCCGGCUCGGAGCAGGAAGGGCUGGGGCCAGCUUCUUCCUCCUUCCCACUUGUGAUGGAGGAAGGGGACUGGGGGUCGAGCCUCGCGGCUGAUGGGUUCCCUCCCUGACCCCGCACCCCCACUCCUCCCAGUCAAAAUUGGAGGUGAGGCAGUCCUGCCAUUUUCUCUCCUGCGAUCUGAGAGUGGACGCCUUUGUCUUCUCUGGCCCGGCGUGGGGGCAGGGCAUUGAGCCUUUUCCUUCAUUCUUCUCCAAUUAUUGAAAGUAGAGUCCAACCAGGUUACAAAACUAAAAAAAAGAGUCCAGGAUAUUGUCUGCCUUCCGGUAACAUGGUUCUCUGUGGGUGCCCUACGCUCCGUUUCUUAGGUUUAGUCUAAAACAACCCUGAGGAGACAUUUACUAGUUGUCAGAUUAGGGGAAGGUGAUGGGUUCCAGUUUUUUGAAACUUUUUUUGUUGGCUUUCAUAUUACUUCAAAUGGCAGUGAAUUAAAACAGUUUCUUAGAACUCUGAUCUGAAAAGUUAAAUACGCUUUAAAACACUGUGAAACUCUUCUAAAAAGCAAAACUGCAUUAUUAAAAGCAUCCAUGUAAGUAUCUGUUGGUAGUAAGUAUCUAUAUUAGAGAUGGGAGAGGGGUUUAACUUUUAAAUUGUUAUUGAAAAGAGGAGGGGAAAGGUCUAUAAAGCUCUGAUCUCUCUAGAAGUCCACAUACAUGGAAAGUAAAUAGUUAAUUUCUAGUGUAGAAAAAUAACAGUGGUGCCAGUAGGUGUGUCCUUGUGUUUAUGAAUAUACAUAGUGGAUGUUUUAGACCACUUAAUAAGACCUAUCAUAUAUUGAAUACCUGCUGUAUGCCAGGAACUGUGCCUGAUGCUUUGUAUAAUUUCUAUUAUAUCAGCCCUGAAAUAGUGAUUUUAUGAUCUGUCUACCGGAGAAUGAACUAACGCUCACAGAAGUAUAGUAAUUGUUCGAGGUCUUGCAGUUUUAAGUAGUAAAGUUGCCAUCGAAUCACAAAAGCUAUGUUCUUCCCCCUACACCUAUGGUUUCCAAAUCUGAGCAUCAGAAUUAACUUGGGAGAUGUUUUUAAAUAGAGAUUUGUAACAGCACCUCUUCCAUCAUCAUUUGCUAGGGCCAAUUGGGUCGUUUAAUAAUGUGUCAGGCACUCCAACUUCUUGAUGUUCAAUAUUGACAUUCUGGCCCACCCUGCACCCGCUAUAUCCGAAGAUCUAGUAUUCCAAAGCUCUCCAGGUGAUUCCAGUGUGACACAGAUAUUUGGACUGUCUUGUACUAUGCUAUGCACUGUUCUGCUGUUUUUUGAAUUGGAACAUGAGAAUUGAGGUCCAUGUAAUUUUGAGUUUGAGCAGUUUUUUGCUCACAUUAGUCUCAUUUUUAUUUUUCCCCUUCUAGCUGCCAUUUAUCAAAUAAUCGAAAUUAUUUCCUCAGAGAAAAAGGUUUAGGUAUCCUAAUACUUGAAAAUCUCAGUACAUUUUUUUAAAGUAUAUUGUCUCGUUCUAUUGGGAAGUUAUACAACAUACAGGCUUCUAGGUCUAGCCAGGCCAUCUAGUUUAGUCAAGACAGCUGUGUAACAAACAUAGCCUUGAGGCCCGGCACGGUGGCUCAUGCCUGUAAUCCCAGCCCUUUUGAGGCCAAGGCGAGCGGAUUACCUGAAGUCAGGAGUUAGAGACCAGCCUGUCCAACGUGGUGAAACCCUGUUGCUAAAUAUACAAAAAAGCUAGCCGAGUGUGGUGGCAGGUGCCUGUAAUCCCAGCUACUUGGGAGGCUGAGGCAAGAGAAUCACUUGAACUGGGGAGGCGGAGGUUGCAGUGGCCCGAGACCGCGCCGUUGCACUCCAGUCUAGGAAACAAGAACGAAACUCCCAUCUAAAAAAAAAAAAAAAAAAAAAAAAAGAAUUGAAUCCAGGAUUGAUCCAGAAAUUGAGAAUAGGGUAGAAAAGACCCUGAUAUAAAGACCUGAAGAUAAAUCCUUAAAAGAUUGUUUCCUGAAUUUUGAACUGUGGACAUAUCUUCUGGGUUUUGGGAAGUAGGAUGGUCGAGUUAUGUGGAACCUAAUAGCAGAAUAUGGAUAAAAAGACAGGUCAGGGCCAGGCACAGUGGCUCACACCUGUAAUCCCAGCACUUUGGGAGGCCGAGGUGGGCGGAUCACGAGGUCAGGAGUUCGAGACCAGCCUGACCAACGUGGUGGAACCCCGUCUGUACUAAAAAUACAAAAAUUAGCCGGGCUUGGUGGCACGUGCCUGUAAUCUCAGCUACUCAGGAGGCUGAGACAGGAGAAUGAUUUGAACCUGGGAGACGGAGGUUGCAGUGAGCUGAGAUCGCGCCACUGCACUCCAGCCUGGCGACAAAAAACACAGGUCAGGAAGAAGCAUCUAGAGCAGGUGAUGAAUAGAUGACCUUACUAAAAUGAGAAAGAACCAAAUCAGUGAUGAAAUCAUUAAUUCCUCUGGAUUAAGGAUCAUGUAUUUUAUUUUGUGCUCUCUUGUUGAUUCUUCUCAAAUCGUUGUGUUUAGUAAUUGCUAGGGAGAGUAGUUUAAAACUUAGAUUUGUUAGGGCCGGGCGCGGUGGCUCACGCCUGUAAUCCCAGCGCUUUGGGAGGCUGAGGCGGGCGGAUCACAAGGUCAGGAGAUCGAGACCAUCCUGGCUAACACGGUGAAACCCCGUAUCUACUAAAAAUACAAAAAAUUAGCCGGGCGAGGUGGCAGGCGCCUGUAGUCCCAGCUACAAGGGAGGCUGAGGCAGGAGAAUGGCGUGAACCCCGGGGGGCGGAGCCUGCAGUGAGCCGAGAUCGCGCCACUGCACUCCAGCCUGGGUGAAAGAGCGAGACUCCGUCUCAAAAAAAAAAAAAAAAAAAACUUAGAUUUGUUAUGCAGAUGUCAGAAUUAUGCCAUCUUUGCAUAUGUCCACAUUGGAAAAUUUUUGUAAGGAGCAUCUGUUGGAUACCUCUGUGCAGUCUGUGUCCAGUCUAGACCACUAGGUGGGUGGAGUGACUUCCAGUUUUUGAAGGGAAAUCACUUCUGGUUUUUCUCCCCUUGUUUUUUAUGGUAAAUGCCAAAGUAAUUAUAAUCUUUUACUAGACUAAAAUCCGGUAAAGCUUGAAAUGAGGGGGAAAUCUCAAAGAAACCUGCUUAGAGGGAAAUAGUAGUUUCUUUAACCUUUAUUGGAAUUUUAAGACCAGCAAGAUCUCUGCACUCAUGAAAUUUACAGUAUAGUGGGGAAGGACAGAAAAUAGUUAAAAAGUCAAGAUAAUGACAGAUUAAGAAAAAAUAUAAGUGGCUGAUGGAUCUAAAAGAGUAUGUUGGGAAUGACCAUUUUGGUUAGUAAGGGUCAAGGAAAGUCUUUUUGUAGUGGUGAUAUUUGAGCUAAGACUUGAAACAUGAACUUGUGCUAGCCGUGUGAAAAGCUGGGGAGACAUUCCAGACCUGGGAACAAGUUCAAAGACCAGGAAGGCUGGGUGUUAGACUGGAGAGAAGGCUCCUCUGAGCAAGGGGAGAAAUUAAGAAUAGGGUAGGAAUGAGAUGGAGUUGGAGAGAUCCUAUAGGUCGUCUUGUAUUAUGCCAUAGGGGGAUUUUUGGAUUUAAUUCUAAUGGCAGAGGGGUUUUAAUUUGGGCAGUGAUAAUGUUUUUAAAAAUAGCUGGCUAUUUAGAGGAAGAGAGGAAACGGAAGUUAGGAGGCUAUUGUAGUAGUCAGCUCAAGAUCGAUAGUAUCUCAGGCAAGUAAAGUGGCAAUGAGAUACAGCAGAGUAGACAGCAACUUUUACAUGUGUAUUUUGGAGAUGGAAUCAGAAGGAUUUGCUUACUGGGUGGCUGUGGAGGGAGAGGGAGGAAUCAAGGGUGCCUUCAGGUUGCAGACUCCAGCCUUGGGCUGCUGAUGGUACCAUUUGCUGGUUGGAGAAGACUGGAGGAGGAACAGGUGGGGAGGGGUGGGUGCAAGAGUUCUGUGUGGAACCUGUUGUAUGUUUUAAAUACUUGGGAGACAUCCAAGUGGAGAGUUAAGUAGGCAAUGCAUAUUUAAGUCAAGCUGAGGGAAGUGAUCUAGACUGGACAUAAUUUUGGGAGUCACUAGUAUACAGAUGGCAUGUCAUGGAACUGAUUGAGAUUGUUUGUGGCCUUAAGAUCAAGCCCUAGGAGACUGACUUGAGUAAUAAAACUCUGGUCUCCCACACAUCCAGCUCUGUGUGGGGAAAAAAAAAAAAAAAAAAACCUAAAACACUAACAACAGCUAAAGCUUGGGCAAAGGAGACUGAAAAGGUUCAGCCAUUAAAGUGGGAGAGUAUUUUAUUAUUUUCAAGAAAGAGGGAAUGGUCACUUCUGUCAAAUGCUGCUGAGAAGUUACACAAUGAGAAUAGAGAAAUGUCUAUUUGGAUUUGACAACAUGAUGGUGACUGUUUUGACAAGUGGUCCAAGCCACAUUGGAAUGCUUUGAGGAGAGAAUAGGAAGUGAGGUGAAUAUCGACAGCUCGUUAGGGAAAUUUUGCUGCUGUGAAGUGGAGAGAAACAGCUUAGUGGCUUCAGAGGGAGAUGGGGUCAAAGAAGGGGGCUUUUUUUUUUUUUUUUUUUAAUUUUUUUUUUAGACAAGAUGUCACUCAGUCAUCCAGGUUGGAGUGCAGUGGUGCAAAUUGUGGCUUACCACAGCCUCGACCUACUGGGCUCAGGUGAUCCUCCUAUCUCAGCCUCUCCUGAGUAGCUGGGACCACAGGUGUGCACCACCAUAACCCAACUAAUUAAAAAAAAAUUUUUUUUUGUAGAGACGGUCUCCCUGUGUAAAGAACAGGGCUUUUCUUUUAAACAGCAGGAACUAGGUAGGCUAAUGAGAAUAUUUAAUAGAGAAGGUGAGACUAAUCCAGAAGAGAGACCAAGACUACCAAGGGAGCAGCAUUCUUUUUUUUUUUUUUGGAGACAGUUUUGCUCUUGUUGUCCAGGCUGGAGUGCAGUGGCGCAAUCUUGGCUCACUGCAACCUCCACCUCUUGGGUUCAAGCAAUUCUGCCUCAGCCUCCCAAGUAGCUAGAAUUACAGGUAUGCAUCACCACACCCAGCUAAUUUUGUAUUUUUAGUAGAGACGGUUCCACCAUGUUGGCCAGGCUGGUCUCAAACUCCUGACCUCAGGUGAUCCACGUGCCUAGGGCUCCCAAAAUGCUGGGAUUGUAAGUGUGAGCCACCAUGCCCGGCUGGGAGCAGCAUUCUUAAGGAAUUCAAGACACAGGAAGAACACUUGCCUUUGGUGGGAGCAAGACAACGCAGUGUGGCAGAAGACAGAGAAUGGGGGCACAAGUGCAAGGCGAAUUGGAGGUAGAAUAUAGGACUUUCUGACGGCUUCUGUUUUCUCAGUGAAGUCUGAGGCAAGGCCAGCGACUUAAACGAAGAAGGGGUAGUGGAUGAUUUCAAGAGUGAUGGACACUUCACCUUGAGCAACAGGACAAGGAACUGAGUAACUGGAAAACAAGGUAGUUUCAAUGCUGGGCAUUGUUGAAUCCCUCGCCAUGGCUUGGGGCCAUGAAUUUAAGGUGAAACUAGUCAGCUGAGUUAGUUGUGUGAUUUUUUUCUCCUAGCAACAUUCAGCUGUUAUGAGGGCAGCAAAGAGCAGGCAGGUGAUCAGUUCACCCAAAAUUCAUGUUUUGCCCUGCAGGUUUGACAGAGGACAAGCAGUGCCAGAGGCUUGAGAGUAGUUGCAGGGGGGUGAUUUUGAUGAUGAACCUUGAAAUGUUAGCUGAGUAGAAAAUCAAGAGAAGAAUCGGAGUGAGAGCCAUGAAAAUCAUUACUGGCUUAAAGUGGGUUAGUGGGUACAGAGUUUCAGUUUGGGAAGAUGAAAAAUUUCUAAAGCUGGAUAGGGCUCUUGGUUUCACAACAAUGUGAAUGUAUGUAAUGCCACUCAACCGAACACUUAAAUAGUUAAAAUUCAGUAACUCCAUAGAGAAAUAAAGGGCUUUCCCAAUCCUGGAAAAAAAUGGUUAAAAUUGUAAAUCUUACAUAUAUUUUACCAUAGUAAAAAAUGAAUGAGGCUGGGCCCAUGGCUCACACCUAUGAUCCCAGCACUUUGGGAGGCUGAGGCAGGCACAUCACUUGAGGCCAGGAGUUCGAAACCAGCCUGGCCAACAUGGCAAAACUCAUCUCUACUAAAAAUACAAAGAAAAUAGCAAGGCAUGGUGGCACACACCUGCAAUCCCAGCUACUCAGGAGGCUGAGGCAUGAGAAUCGCUUGAACCUGGAAAGCAGACGAUGCAGUGAGCUGAGAUCUCCCCACUGCACUCCAGCCUGGGUGACAGAGGUAGACUGUCUCAAAAAAAAAAAAAAAAAAAGAAUGAACACUUAAAUAUUUGUGGCAGAUAGAGGUGUUAUUUGCAUGUGGAAGAAAAUUGCUUUAGAAAUGAAAUUUCAGAUUACUGAAACUAAAGAGAAAGUAUCUCUUAUCAUGGUACCAAACUUGAGGGUGCAUAGGUCACCUAUAGACAGAGAUUCUAGAAUAGGACCUGGGAAUAUUACAUUAUUUGCUCCCAUGUUUACUGUUUUGUUCUAAGCCUUUAGCACAGCAUUCAAAACAAGUUGAGCACUCAGUAAACAUUUGCUGACUCAGUACUUGCAGAACCUAGGUAGAGUAGAAUGAUGGGAAUCAAAAGGAAAACAGUAUUCUGUAGAGAUCAGCAAUACCUUACACUAGUAGAGGAAUCUGUGAGAAAAAGAAUCAAGACCAUUGAAUGUGUGGCGGCUUAUAGCAUUUGACAUUCUGAUCUGUGCAAGUGAUGAGAAAAAAAAUCUGAUUACAGAACAGGGAAGGAGAGAAAUAAGCAUUGAGUUUCGUUUUUUGUUUGUUUUUGAGACAGGGUCUCACUCUGUUACCCAGGCUGGAGUGCAGUGGUACAACCGUAGCUCACUGCAGCCUGGACCUCCUGGGCUCAAGGGAUCCCCCAACCUCAGCCUCCCAAGUAGCCGGGACUAUAGGAACGCAACACCAGGCCCAGAUAAUUUCUUUAAUUAAUUAAUUAAUUAACUUAUUUUUUUGUAGAGACGGGUUUCUCUCUGUCACCCAGGCUGGCCUCAAACUCCUGGGCUCAAGCAGUCUUCCCACCUUGCCCUCCCAAAGUGCCGGGAUUACGGGCGUGAGCCACUGCAUCCUGCCAAGAAAAUCAUUUUUUAUUUAAAUAAUGUCAAAUGGAAGUAUGUAGCACCCCCGCACCUUUUCCCCUUUCUUUCCUCUUUGAAUCUGCUGUCAUUCCCUUUUUCUUGAGUUUUCUUUGCUCCCCAAAUAGGCUAAACAAUAACUGUAAAGUGAAAUUAGAGAAAAUAAGAAUGGAGUAGAUGAUGGAAUUCAAAAUAGCUGUCUACAUUCUUCACUGAGAAAGAUAGCUUUGAGUUUAAGGUGAGAGGAGCAAAUCUGGGGAAAAAUGGGUGAAACAGCAUGAUUUAAGUAGCAUACCAGAUGCGUUUCUGCAUGGCAUGGCUCUUGCUUGAUGAAUAAUGUUCUGUAUAGUAGAAGAGGAAAAUACAGUGAGUGAAGGAGCUGGCAGAAGGUGGGCUGGGGGAGUUGGGGAAGAGUGAAAUGAGUAUGGAGAGGUGAGAGAGCUGACUGCAAAGGCAUGUGGGGUGUGGACUUUAAAAGGAAAGCCCUAAGGUGGAAAUCACUAACAUGGUGCCUGGCUACAAGCAGAAGUCUGCCCUUUUGUAGUGCAGUUGAGGAGAGCUCAGGGGCUAUCAGAAUGCUGUGUGGGAAAGUGGAAGAAAGAGGACCUGGGAGCAGCAGCUUUGUGCUGGUUUGUUGUUGUUUUCCCUACCUCGUAUGUACUCCCACUCAGGAAAAGAUCCUGAGACCUCUCUGUACCAGAUCUUCUUAUACCCAGGUUCUCCUUAAUCCCAAUCAACUUUAAUCUAUAAAGUUAUGGUUUGUUUACUUAUAAAUUUAUUUUUAAUAAAGUUGUGAAACUGAA